AUGAAGGAAGAGUUUCAAGCAUUUCCUGAAAUGGUUUGUGCUGAUGCUACAUACAAGCUGGUGGACCUGAGAAUCCCAUUGUAUGUAUUAUUGAUUGAAGAUGGUAAUGGCCAGAGUGAGAUAGCUGCUCUUGGAUUACUAGUAAAUGAACAGAGAGAUACAUUACAAUGGUUCUUUAAUAAGUUCAAAGAAUGUAAUCCAGCCUGUUCAAAUACAAGAGUAUUUAUUACAGACAAAGACAUGAAGGAGCGUUCUGUAAUUAAAUCAUUGUUUCCAACGUCUCGUCUUGUGAUUUGCCUUUUCCACACUCUGCGCACAUUUAACAGAGAAAUCACCUGUGAAAAAUUAGGUAUUACACCAGCUGAACGUUAUAAUAGCAAAAAGUUAAUGGAACAAUUAUGUUACUGCAAGAACGAAAAAGAAGAUACAUACCCUUUUUUAAGUCAAAAUGUACUUUGCGAAGAAUUGGCAUGA